CAAAAAGAGAAACCACAGAAAGCAGUUUGCUUCUACCUUUUAUUUUUGUCUAUAUAACAACAACAACAUUGACAUAUCAAUUCACACAUAAACUCACUCUCACUCUCUCACUGUCGGCAAACUAACUUAUUCACUUUUCCGGCACUGAUUCUGCUCGGGAAAAACAACUCCGGCACAAAAUGCAGCUUUUUCCAGUCAUGUUAGCCACACUCUGCAUUGUCCUGCAGCUUCUCAUUGGCUCGUCAGCUUUGGCUACGACAAAUCGCCACGUGUCAAACUCUCAUUGGCUUCCCGCAGUAGCUACAUGGUACGGAAGCCCCAACGGUGACGGCAGCGACGGAGGAGCGUGUGGUUACGGUACGUUGGUGGAUGUGAAGCCGUUACAUGCGAGGGUUGGAGCGGUGAAUCCAAUUCUCUUCAAAAAUGGUGAAGGUUGCGGAGCUUGUUACAAGGUUCGAUGCUUGGACAAGAGCAUUUGUUCCCGGAGAGCCGUUACCGUCAUAAUUACCGAUGAGUGUCCCGGCUGCUCUAAAACCAGCACUCACUUUGACCUCAGUGGUGCCGUCUUUGGCCGGUUAGCUAUUGCCGGAGAGUCAGGGCCUCUCCGUAACCGUGGACUAAUCCCAGUCAUUUAUCGCCGGACUGCAUGCAAAUAUAGAGGGAAGAACAUAGCAUUCCAUGUGAACGAAGGAUCAACUGAUUUUUGGCUAUCUCUGCUGGUCGAGUUUGAAGAUGGAGAAGGAGACAUUGGCUCCAUGCACAUUCGCCAAGCAGGAGCCAGGGAAUGGUUAGAGAUGAAGCAUGUAUGGGGAGCCAACUGGUGCAUCAUUGGAGGGCCACUCAAGGGACCAUUCUCCAUCAAGCUCACCACUUUGUCUGCCGGUAAAACACUCUCUGCCACCGACGUUGUCCCUAGAAACUGGGCUCCCAAAGCAACUUACAGUUCCCGCCUCAACUUCUCCCCUGUCCUUUGAACCAUCUCUUCUACAUAGUCAAAGACUAUUAUAGUUCUAUUACUACUACUACUCGUGUGAUCGUUUUUUUUUAGAGAGAAACAGAGUGACUGCUGGCCGUAGGAUGGAAACAGUAAGAAAAGUACAUCCGAAUCAACGGCUAUUGCGUUCUCUCCUCUUCCUUCUUGUGAUGUGGAUUUGUGUGUGUGUGAUGUGUCGGUGAGUGUGUUAUAGAAGUCACUAUAGCCAUCUUCAAAGGGGAGAUAGAGCUAGGAGUAGUAUUUGGUGGUGUCACGUCGUUUGUUUUUUCUAUAUAAUUUUUGUCACUAUGUCUUUCUAUUAUGGGACAUGGCAUAAUAUAUCAUAUGAAUAAUUUAUCACUAUGUCUUUCUAUUGUGGGACAUUACAUAAUAAUGUAUGAUAUGAAUAUUAUGUACACUACUUCAGAGAGAGCAUUGGUAUUCUACCAGAACCUUCAGAGUAUCUCUUCUUGUUUCGUCUCCUCAAAACCCAAGAAAUAUAAAAUAUACUACGAACUAAUACGAAGCUUCAGGUUCCACUUCAGGUUCCACUUCUGUUUCAGAAACUGCAUCUUUUGGGGUUUGUUCCCAACUGAUAUUGGCUCCUAAACAUUUGUCCUUCAUGUAUUUUUCAUCUUUAGUAUAUAUCCUCUUUCCUGAUUUUGUUGGUUUUGGAUGGAGGAAGUGGUAUCACAUAUCACAUAUGUUGUAGGAUUCGUCUUCAGAAACUCUGACACAUUCUUGAUAGAUUUCUCUGUUUUCCCAUCUCUGAAGGUUGUUUGUCUGCAACUUUUACCACUAUGUUUUUCUCAAUGUUGGGAA